ACGCCACUUGCUUACCCCGUGAUGCUCACCAAAUGCACCUAAAAAUUAAACUUUCACAAUAAACACACUGCUAUUGUUGCUACCUUAUAUUACAUCUUUCACCUACUUGAAACUCACAUUACAUCUUUCACAUAACUAUCUGAAUUCUGAACCCUUGGUUAAAAUUCUGAGACUUACUCAUGGCCACUAUGACCAAGAUGUUAUUUUCCCUUGUCACUUUGGUUAUCUUGGUUGGCAAUUCAAAGGGUGUAAGUUCAACUUCUGAGCCAACAAUUUCAGCUUCACCUGGUGUUUUGCCUUAUGUGACUGCCCCAGAUAUUUCUUCAUUUUUUCCCACUCCUAGUGCCAAUGAACCAAUGAGUUCUGGUGCUCCUUUUGAGGCUGAGGCACCUUCACCUGCCCCCACUUCAGGGGAAUUUGAGGGCAAGAAAUCUUCUGGUUCAGCUAGGUUGGAUUGUGCAGGUGUUAUUGUUAGUGUUCUUCUCUGUUGUGCCUUGAUUAGUAGCAUUAGCAUAGUUAUUGUUUGAGCAUGUAGGUUGGUAGUUUUUGUCUUAAGGGGUAGUGAAUUUCACCCAUUACUUUGUAUUAGUCCAUGUUCAGUGAUUUCUUUGUUGCUUGCUAUACUAGAUAGAGAUUACUUGUGCCGAAUUCUACAAUUCUUCUUUGUAUUGUGACCAUAUUUCGUAGGAUUUGAAAACUUGCUGUAGGAUAGUUGAAUUUGAAUGAGUAUUGUUACGAUAUUCUUUUAUUUUGUCAGCUUAUCUUACACUGCUA